AUGGCGGAGAUACCGAACUUCAAGACCUUGUUCCGCCUAGACGGCAAAGUCGCGCUGAUCACAGGUGGCGCGACAGGUAUUGGCUAUUACAUAGCUGCUGGAUUUAUGCAAGCAGGCGCAAAGCAAGUCAUCCUCACAUCUCGCAAGGAGGACUCCCUGAAGGAGGCAGUCGACAGACUUAAUGCUAUUUCAGGUCUUCCAGGUCGAGCGUCUUAUAUCAUCUCCAAUAUAAGCACCAUCGAGGGAGUCGAGAAGCUCGCGGCUGAGCUUCAGAAGACUCUGCCAAGUGGAAAGCUUGACAUCCUGGUCAACAAUGCCGCAGCAAGUUGGGGAGGACCGUUCGAAGACUAUGAGGACUGGAAGGUUGCGAAAACGCUGGACGUCAACGUGCGUGCUGUUUUCAAUUUGACUAGAAAACUACAGCCAUUUCUCAUGGCAGCAGGUACACGGGACGAUCCUGCGAGAAACAUCAUCGUGAGCUCGGUUGGUGGCAUUGUCGUGCCUCAUGUGGGCAGGGCAGGUGCGAUCGCGUAUAGUGUAUCGAAAGCUGCCGCGCAUCAUUUGGGUCGGAACUUCGCCAUGGAACUUGUACCACACAACAUCACCUGCAACACUAUCGCCCCAGGGUGGUUUCCUACACGGUUAGCAAACCCAGCUAUAGAGAAAGCCGGCGGCGAAGAAGCUGCAGGAUCAGUCAAUCCGAUGGGUAGACUGGGCGUGCCAGAGGAUAUAGCUGGUGUUGCUGUAUAUCUCUGUUCGCGAGCAGGCAGAUACAUCAACGGAGAGGACAUCAGUGUGGAUGGUGGCAGCAGGCUCAUGAAUGCCAGUGCAGCGAGCCAUAUUGCAGCAGUCAGAGGUGCUGCAAAAUUGUAG